AUGUCAUCUCAUCAAACUUCCAAAAUCUUCAUUAUUGGCGGUACAGGAGCUCAAGGUAUACCCAUUAUCAAAGCUCUUGUUGUCGAUAAGAAAUACCAAGUUCGAGUCCUUACCCGUGACACCACAUCCUCCAGAGCCCAACAACUUCUUGCUCUCGGCAAUGUUGAAUUAUUUGAAGGAACCUUCGCCGACGAGGAUGUUAUUCGUGCUGGUUACAAAGGUUGUGAUGGUGCAUUCAUCAAUAUCGAUGGUUUCAACACUGGUGAAAAGACUGAAAUGUUCUGGGCAAUUCGUUCUUAUGAAAUUGCUAUCCAAGAAGGCAUCAAGUUUUUCGUCUACGGAAACCUUGAUUAUGCAUUGAAGAAGAGUGGAUGGCAGGAGAAGUAUCAUGCUGGUCACUAUGAUGGAAAAGGAAGAAUUGGCGAAUGGAUCUUGUGGCAAAAUCAAAGUAAUCCUAAUGGAAUGGGAGCGGCUUUAUUUACUACAGGUCCAUAUAUCGAAAUGUCAAUUACGGGUCAAACUGUCAUGACACCUAGUGUAGAGGAUGGCGUUGUAACAUGGAGAGUACCACUCGGGGAUGGUGCCGUCCCUCACGUUAGUUUGGAGGAUUGUGGAUUCUAUGUUCGAUGGUUAUUCGAUCACCCCCAGCAUACCAAUGGAAUGGAUCUCGAAGUUAGUAUUGGAGACAUCACAUACUCCGAAAUGGCAACGGCGUUUGAAAAAGUCACGGGUCAUCCGGCUCAAUAUAUCAAUACGGAUAUCGAUAAAUAUUUCAAACGAUUCGGACCAGUGGCUGAUACGCCGGCUGGAUUUAAUGCGGAUCCAAAUGAUAAGGCAUCGAUGACUUUUAGGAGAAAUUUUACGGGUUGGUGGACUCAAUUUAGGGAGAGGUUGUUGAAGAGGGAUUAUAAGUUGUUGGAUGAGAUUCAUCCGGGAAGAAUCAGAAGUGCGGAGGAAUUCUUCAAGAGGGAGGAUCAGAGAUUGAAGGAGGAAUCGGGUGGGAAGGUUGGUUUAUGGGAGAGUGUGCAACCGGGGAAUUUAAAACAUGUUUUGAAAUUGACGGAGGAUGGGAGGAAGGGUAAACUUUGA